AUGACGCCCGAGCAGGCGUCGCGAAUCGUCGAAGCUGAUAUGAGGGCGCACUCUGUUGUUAUCUUUGGUGCGCCGGAAGUUGAUGCGGAUCAACCUCCAUCAGCUCAACAGAAACCAACAAAACAAGCGGUGAGCGAUAUCUUGGAUUAUUUGGAUGUGGAAGGGCGCCCCACCGAGAUUCAAAGGAUGUGUAUACGUGAAGUUGGUAAAUGCCGCCUUAUCGAAUGCCUGUUUUCUUCUCGUAAAUUCUUCUUUCAAACUCUAAAGGCACUUAGAAAUUAUGCAGACUUUAAAAAUGUGUUUAUUCGUCGUUCUAUGAUACCGGUUAAGCGUGAAAUUGGUGAAUAA